AUGCUUGAGCAUGUCAUCAGCGGCUACCAAGCUGCCGCCGCAACAGAAACAUCAAACUCGAGUGUUCAAUUGCAGUCUAACUCGGGUGACUUCACAUUUACGUUCGAUGCAUUACGACCUGGCCUUUUCCGAACAACGUUCACCUCACCAAAGCAUCUGUUGCCGCCGCACCGAGCUACGCCGGUGCCAGACAAGACCCUGGACCAUGCGGAUGCAGGCCUGGUCACAUCAAACGCUAGUUCAAAGACAUUAGCCGUUGAUGGCGUAACCGCGAAUGUGGACUGGGAAAGUGGCGUACCCAUCGUUUCAAUCACACUUCCUGGCCAAAAAACACCUAUUCAUACCGACCUUCCCAACCGUUCGUACGUCGCUGAUGGACCUGGAAUAUCUCAUUACACGCGUUACAACAAUGGAACCCUCCAUCUUGGUCUCGGCGAGAAGCCAGCACCCAUGGAUCUAUCGAACCGUCACUUCGUUCUUUCCGCCACCGAUUCUUUUGGCUACGACGUAUAUCGCACAGAUCCCAUGUAUAAGCACAUUCCGCUUCUCAUCAAUGCUACUCCGGAAGGCUGUGUUGGUAUCUUCUCAACAUCGCAUGCCCGUGGCUUCUAUUCUGUAGGCUCGGAGAUGGACGGCAUGUGGGGGCGUUUCAAGGUCUACCGUCAGGACUAUGGCGGCCUAGAGGAGUAUCUACUAGUUGGAAAGACGCUACCAGAUAUCGUACGCAUUUACGCUGACCUUGUUGGUCACCCGUUACUAGUACCGCGGUGGGCGUUUGGCUAUCUAGCCGGCGGUAUGAAGUACUCCAUGACGGACGACCCACCAGCGAGUCAGAGUUUGAUGGAAUUUGCUGCUAAGCUAAAGGAACAUGACAUCCCUUGCUCUGGUAUGCAGAUGUCAUCUGGCUAUACGGUUGCAGAGACGGAGCCGAAGACGCGCAAUGUCUUUACAUGGAACAAACACCGGUUUCCUGAUCCAAAAGGCUGGAUUGAUGCUUACCAUAAGGAGGGUAUCAGGCUUAUCGCUAACGUGAAGCCGUAUGUUUUGGGCACACAUCCAGAGUAUCAAAAGCUCAAGGAAGCUGGGGCAUUCUUCACGGAUUCUUUGACGUUGGCAUCUGCUGAGGCUAGACUGUGGAGUGCAGGUGGUGGUGAGAGCGGUGUCGGCGGUCAUAUUGACUUCACUUCCAAAGCGGGAUACAAGUGGUGGUAUGACGGGAUCCGCCAAUUGAAGCGAGAAGGCAUCGAUUGUAUCCGGAAUGAUAACAACGAAUACACUAUCCCGCACGAUGGCUGGCAGUGCGCAUUGGACGAACCGACAGUUACCCAAGAGCCCAAGAGCGGCGGUUACGGCAAAGAUAUCGGGUUUUGGGGCCGCGCACUGAACACAGAACUGAUGGGCAAAUCCUCACAUGACGCCUCCCUUGACAUAGAGCCCUCGCAACGUCCGUUCAUCCUGACCCGUAGCGCUACAGCCGGAACGCUUCGCUAUUGUGCUAGUGCCUGGAGCGGCGACAACGUAACAUCUUGGCCGGGCAUGAAGGGUGCGAACGCAUUAUCUCUCACGGCUGGAGUGUGUCUGAUGCAAUGCUACGGCCAUGACAUAGGCGGUUUCGAAGGCCCACAGCCGAGCCCCGAACUCCUUGUCCGUUGGUGCCAACAAGGUAUCUACAGUCCGCGCUUCGCCAUCAAUUGCUUCAAGACCGGCAAAGACAACAGUGUCGGCGAUGUGAUUGAGCCUUGGAUGUAUCCGGAGGUUACGGGUUUGAUACGGGAUACUAUCAAGCGCCGUUACGAACUUAUUCCUUACCUGUACUCGCUGGCCUUGCAUUCUCAUAUGUCUGCAACUCCGCCACAGCGUUGGACUGGUUGGGGAUAUGAGAACGAUCAGGAAAUCUGGGCGAACAAGGUACUGACCGACGGCGAAACACAGUACUGGCUUGGCGAUGCAUUGCUGGUCGGUGGUGUUUUCACUCCUGGUGCUGAGACUUCUAGCAUGUAUCUUCCCAAGGACUUAGCAGACUCGGAUGCCGCGUUUCUGGAUCUCAACAACGAGCCACAGACAUACUAUGACGCUGGUCAGUGGGUCGAUAUUUCAGCGCGUUGGGAAUCGAGCAUUCCAGUGCUAGCGAAAGUGGGAAGUGCAAUUCCGGUUGGACGUGCCGAACAAGUCCUCUCAGUGGGCGAGACGAGCAAUCCAGCGAAUCUACCACAUGACGACUACCGCGCCGUGGAAAUCUUCCCUCCAAAGGCUUCUUCGAAAGGCAAGGAGUAUGAAUCUGUUUGGUUUGAAGACGAUGGUGUUUCGCCGCCACCAGCCAAGAUCUCAGUCUUCACGGUCAAGUACGAGACGACUGAAACUCAAGUACUGGUCCAGUACAAAGAGAAACUGCAAGAAGGGUUCAGACCACAUUGGGAGGAGCUGGAGAUCAUCUUGCCAAGAGGUGAUACGAGGAGUGUGGUGUUCAAUGGGGCGGAUGCGGUGAAAACAGGAGUUGACAAGCAGGGGAGAGAAAAGUGGAAGUGCAGUAUCGAGAGCAGAAAGUAA